AUGGUUGCGUUUCGUGUUGCUUUCCUGCUGGUGUUCCUCGGGCUCUGCGGAGAACAGGUGUCAGCUAAGAGGAACACGACGUCAGGCAGCGAGUGUGACGCUGACGGAGGCGAGUGCGUGUCCCCCGGGAAUUGCAUGACCCCCAACACAGCUGCCGAGGCCUGCGACCACGGCUCCGUGUGUUGCAACCCGACGGGGCUCCAGGCGUUCAGGCAAACUCUCGAGCUGGACGGUUUCGAGGUCAACCUCCGAGCCUUCGCACCCCCGCCCUGCCCUUGCUCAGCCAACAGUAUCUCGAUCUGUAACCAAACAAAUUAUAGCCUGACGUUUGAGGGAGACUGCGUUCAAGUUCACAGUCCCCACUAUAACCACCCUUACGAGAACAACAUGAACUGCAAUCUCCAAGUCACAGCUCCAAGUAGUUGUGAAAUCGAGGUCCAUUUCUGCGAGGUGUCACUGGAGAAAUGCUUCUACGACACUCUAACGGUUAAUGGCAUCACCUACUGCGGAGUCAUGAACCCAGCAAAUUUUAUAACAACAAAUAACAUCGCAACGAUGCAGUUCGCCACGGACUUCAGUCAAGUCAAUCGUGGCUUCAAAAUGGUCAUGACGGCAGUGAAUUGCUUUCACUGUUCAGAUGGACCAGUUUAUGUAGUGGGUACAGACACCGUCGUCACGACAAGUAGUGGAGGCCUCAUCUAUUCACCCGGUUAUCCUGGAACUUACGCCAACAACGUGAAUUUCAUCAUGACCAUCAACGCCCCAGUAGGGUCUACCAUUACUUUUGACUAUAUUGUAUUCGAUAUAGAAUUAGGAGAUACCUGUCAAUUCGACUUCUUCCAAAUCUACGAUACUACUACGGCACCACCACACCCCAAGUACUGUGGCAGCGUAGCGCCGACCUUCACCGUGUCAGCCACGAACCAAGUCGAAAUCGUCUUCUUUACCGAUAAGUCGGUAGUUGCUGACGGUUUUGAGAUUUGCUUCACGGUGUGCGGUGCCAUGAACAACUUCAUGGGCAAUCCUAACAAUUCACCUAGCGUUGACUUCCAUCAGGCCUGGGGUCCCCGAUGA